CUCCGACCGUCUCAGUUGUUCGUGGACCUCGAAGGACGACAGAGGUCGAAGAGGGCACGUUUCCUCCUCCUUCUUCGCCUUUCUCUACGUCCUUGCGCUCUUUCAUCACACCCGUGUACUGCUUUGUACCGUAUAACCGUCUUUUAAGACUGGCUUCCGCACUCUCGAUCACUCGAGAACUCAGCCACGUGAAUCAUCUACUCACUUGCCAAUCUUUCAUCUACGAGGAUGCGCUAUUAUAUCGUCGCCACCGUUUUCCUCUUCUGCUGUCUUCAAGAACUGGUAGGAGGCGCGUGUCCACGGAUAUGUCCAAUUGGCGGAGAGCCAGUAUGCGGUAGUGACGGAGUUAUAUACGCUUCUCAGUGCGAAAUGCGGAAGAAGAUGUGCGGAAAAGGAGUUACUGUCGCAACUGACAAGACUGCCUGCUUAAGAUCAUCCGGAAGCAAGUGCGAGCAUCGUUGUCCAGCUGAUCAAGACCCAGUUUGUGGCACUGAUGGUCGCACUUACUUAAAUAAAUGCAUGUUACGGGUAGAAAUAUGCAGGGUAGGAAUCGAACUAUCUCACCUUGGACCGUGCAAUAACAUCUCAGCUCAUCGAGAAAACUGUCCAGUAUCUUGUGACUUUGCGCCUCUAGACGGACCGGUUUGCGGAAGCGAUGGAAACGUCUACAAGUCCACAUGUCAGAUGAAACUUCUCACUUGCAGGCAAGGCGUAGUGAGGACGAACAAAAAGCACUGUCAAACAACUAGACAUUGCCGAGAAACGUGUUGGCGAGGUGCCAAGCCAGCUUGUGGCAGUGAUGGAGUUUUGUACGCCAACACUUGCAAAAUGCGAGCGAAAAACUGCGGUAAACACGUAUUCGAAGUACCAAUGUCAUUCUGCGUUUCUCGAGAAAGAACUUCUGGAAGUCUUGCUACAGCUUGUCCACUGGACUGCAAAGAAGAGCCUGAAGUGCAAGUUUGUGGAUCGGACGGAAGUAUUUACAAGAAUGAAUGUGAAAUGAAAAUGCUCAAUUGUGGGCAAUCAAGACGGAAAAUUACAGUUGUAGAUUUCGACAAAUGUAAAGCGAGAGUCCUUAAAUGCUCUAAACUACUUCAAAAGUGUGGUAACGAUGUUGACCCAGUUUGCGGCAGUGAUGCGAGCACUUAUCCUAAUCAGUGCCAUCUAAACGUUGCAAUUUGCAUGAAAGGAAUACAACUUGCACACGUAGGCGAAUGUACGACCUUGAAAGAGACUGAGAAUUGUCCGGAGGAUUGCAGCAAUGAGCCUGAAGAACCUGUUUGCGGUAGUGACGGAAACGUUUACCGAUCGUUGUGUCAUCUCCGACGAGAUACUUGUGGUCAGAGGGUGGUUUCCGUGCCAGCCCAACAUUGCCGUACAACUGCACUUUGCAAUCAGAUAUGCAGCGGAGAACGGCAGUUUGUCUGCGGUUCUGACAACAAACUUUAUCGCAACGAGUGUGAGAUGAAGAGAGACAAUUGCGGAAAACAUGUCUACGUCGUUCCCAUGAAACGUUGCGUCCAGGGAUUCCUCUUCCGUGGCUGUCAGAAAAUUUGUCCGCCUUACUAUGAUCCAGUAUGUGGCACUGAUGGUAUGACUUACAGUAAUGAGUGCUUCUUGGAGAUUGAGAACUGCCGCAGUCGAAGUCUCGUUACCAAGCAGUAUCAUGGAAUAUGUGGCCAACCUACAGAAGAACCGAAAAAUUAUUUAUACUGAAAUAAAUCAUUAGAAUUUAAUCAUUAGCUGUGAUACAGCAAUGACCAAUCAAUUAGGCAAGCUUGCCAAUAAUAACUUUGGAAUUAAUUUUUAUUUUAAUUCCAUUCGAUAAAUACCGAGAUUAUCGAUCAAUAGAAAAAUGGUAAAUAAUUGAAUAUUGUCGAGAUUGUAAUUAGGUCUAGAAAGGAAGCAAAUGAUUAAAGAAAAUUCUUGCCAGUUGAUAGAAAACGUGCAGUAUAUGAGAUAAAAAGAAAGUUUACAGCUAUUACAUCGAAUAUUUUUAUAGAAACUUUUUAAAAAAAGGUACAUAAAAUAUAUUUUCUAAGUAAUAUUUUUUAUAAAAAAAAUUAUUACUUUUAUCAUGAGAAUUUACUUUUUUUUUGGACUUUUAAAAUAUUUAUAAACUGCACAAUUUAGUAAAAACUUAUUUAUUCUAGUAUUAUAGAUCAAUUUCGAGUAUACUGUUAUUCAGUGUGUGUACUUUUGGCAUACAUUUAAUAUCAUUAUCAGAUA